GGGGCGGGACGAGGUUCUCAUUCAUUCCCAUUCAGUCGGUGUCGGUGAGUCAGUGGCCGCGUGUGCCGUGUGCGUGGCUCGUGGCCCAGCUGCGCCAAGCUGCGCGCUCGCUACGCCCCGCUCCGGCGGCGCCUCGCACGCCCGCGCCCCACCCAGACGUGCUCACACGUCACAAGAACCUCCGUCUGCGAUGUCGUGAUACGUGACGAUGUCAGCUGGCGACAAGAAGCAGGAACUACAAGAGCUGGUCCGCCUCUUCGCCUCCGCCAACGAGAACGCGCUCCGGAACGGGGCGGACGUCGAGGACCUGUACGCCGUCUUCCUCCAGUCCCAGUGUCGCCCGGGCGUCUCGUUGCGCAAGCGGAGGCGAGGUUAUGGCCGAGUGGUGCUGUCAGUGACCGUGCCAGUGUGCGUCGUCCUGGUGGGGCUGAUCCUCGCCGUCCUGGGGCUCUUCAGCGAGGACAUAGUGAACACCGCUCUGGGUGUGCGAUGUGUGGUGCCCAACAACUUCCUAGUGUGGGAGGCAACCAGACCCAUUGCAGACUGCAACAUUUGCAGGGGCAUAACUGAUGUUUUGCAAUUGCAUAAUGUCAGUCGCUUGGAGUUUGAAAAGUACGCAUACUCUUAUCAACCAAUCUUGGUGAAAGGCGCAGCUGCAGACUGGCCUGCCAUCCGAACAUUCAGCUAUGACUAUUUUAAGAAACUGUACGAGUCAACUGAAGGAGCGUAUGAAUCUGUGGAAGAUGAAUGCCAGCUCCUCACUUUUAAGACUGAGUUCCUCUCCUUGAAAGAUGUGUUUUCCAUGUCAAGAUCAAGAGUCUUAAACUUGGAUGGCGAACAGCCCUGGUACAUUGGUUGG